UACAGGUACACAAAUAAUCGAGGACACAGUUUUUGUGUGCCGACGUUACCCGCUCCAAGUUAUAGUCGGGAAUUCCAAAUAUAAUUUCUAUUUAUAAAUAAAGGCUUUGAUAAUCUGGUUCUGUAACUAGAUCAUUAUUGCUUAGUGCACACUGACUAAUCGCUGAUAUCUAAUCAGUGUCUUCAUGCAGACUCUGAUUACGUGAGUAGCUGCUUUAACGAGUUGACAUUUAUUAGGCCACUUACGACAGGAAGCCGUGUCUGUAUCUACAAGCCUUUACUGUCAAGAUAACAUAACGAAAGGGAUAAUGUCAUUCUAACAGUAAGAAGAUAUGCAGGGAAUGUAUGUACUAAAUCAGAAGACAUUUGGAUGGUAGUUACUCAUUUGAGUUAUAUUUUAUCCGUGGUCGGUGUCACUUGUUGUUUACUUCCCAGAAGCGUCACCAAGUGACAUAGCAGUGCGAGCCGUACAUUACGGAAUACAAGUAGGGGUACUUAUGUGAGAGACAAUGAUCAUCUUGCAUUGUAUGACAGGGAAAGCUUCACAUUUCAAAUGUAAAAAUAGGGAGUUACUGCCAUGAAAACCACAAUGAGCAAAAGCGAGUAGCGUGAGUAUACAGGGUAUAAAUUACACCUUUAUAUUACGAUGAUAAUGUUGAUUGUGAUUAUUAUUACGUUUUUAAUUCCUUUACAUAAAGUAUAUUUCACCUAAUGUUUUAUUAUUUAUAUUCGAGAAAGACGGUGUGGUCGUUUCAUAAAAUAUACGUCGGAACAUCUUGUUUUUUAACUGAGCCCUCGCAGGUCAGUCAAUGUGGGUUCACCACCGCUGUUGACCAUAAAGAAAACCUGAGAUCGGCGCAACAUGUCAGUCUGCAGCAAGAUGAAUACAGGACCUGGACGGCCGCCUAACUUGCACCUGCGCUGCUGUCGACCAAUCAGAAGCCGGCAGGUGCAUAUCUAGAAAGCGGUGAAAGGCAAUCGAUCGAUUGUUUACUGUGAUUCCUCAUAUGUGGAAGUUUAUCGACACAAAGUUACUUCUCCGGAGUAUUAAAGCUCUUACAAAGGCACAGGAUCAGCAGAUGGUAAGGUGAAAGAUGGGAAUUAAAUGUAUCUCGACUCUUGUUUUUUCUGGAGAGUAAGAAAAUAUUGUAUAUCUCGUGUUACGUCAUUUAUCAUCUGAUGGAUGUACACCCACCUAUAGUCUUCAAAAGCUCAUUGAAAUCAAGGUAGGAAAAUGAUACAAAAGAACUGACAGAUCUUUUGAAAAUAUGAUUAUAAUUAUACAGUCAUUGCCUUGAACAUCUAGGCCCGCCUGUUGCAUUGUAUAGCGAGCAGCAGACGACGGGAUGUGAACGCCCGCUGCAGCAAGCUAAGAUUGACUAAGGCAAGGCAGCUGCACUGAAUAGAAGUCUUCUUUAUUUCUUUUCACUCUCCCAGGCUUUGAAUCGCGCUACCAUUUUGUGUUAAACAUCCUCUAACAUGCUUCCUCCUCUCCCUCUUACAUGCUCAGCCAAUCACCAUGCAGUCUCUGCGCAUCUGGUCUCGCCACGCACGCGAGUUUUUUUGUUGUUUUUUUUUGGGGGGGGGAUGUUAAAUUAAAUUUACAAUUAAAGUGAGUGGAACUCUUUCUGUUGUGAUACGUGUAGUUAAAAAGUUCAAAACUUUAAAAAUAUGUCAUAUUUCUGUAAAGAGUAUGCUAUGAGCACGUGACAGGAAAAUUUGUGCAUCGAUCUAAAAUUUUACUCGAAACUGAAUCUGUCAAAAGGAGAAUAUAUUUACUUGUUUGGAUAAAAAGACAAAAUAUGAACAAAUUUUGCCAGGCCCUCAUUUUGUUCUUCAUGCCUUCAGUGAAGCUAUUUGAAAUAGAGCUGAAGUGUCCAAACUUCAUGGAAAAAGAGAACAUUGUCACCUGCAGGAUCAACAAAACGGCAUUUGGUUGCACUUCAUCGACAGACUUAGUGAUGUUUGAUCGGACAGUGAAAGGAACAACACGAACAAUAUGCCGUGCAGACAAUCCUGUUUGUGAAAAAAAGAGCAACUCAAAUAUUGCGUGUUGGUGUGAUAAAUCAAGUCAAGGAAUUUUUACAUACGUGUUUCGCUACGUGGCCACCCGAAGCAACGAUUCAGGAGCUCUGCUGGAAUGCAGAUAUUGUCCAGAAUCAGCACUGAAUGUGGAACCGAUCAUCAUUGGAAACUGCAAAAAUAUAACCUUUGACACAGUUGCAUCAGGAGGACAUUUGUUUCAUGCAUCAUUGGCUUUGCUGGCUGUAGUUCUUGCGGAUGUGUAUGCAUAUUUCUUCUCCUAUUUAUGAGGUGAAAAAAUAUUUCAAGCAGAAAGAUUUUAUUUGUGAUUAAAGUGCAAGUGUGGAUUAUAGCGUGAGACGCGUUUUUAAGUCAUAACAUUUGUUUUGCUCAUCCGGAUUUCGACAAAUAAGGGAGAAAAACCCGUUAAGAGCAACAUAUUGUUGCUUCUAAUUAACAUGAAAACACCAGUCCUGUUAAUUAUUAUGUUAACGCUUAGAUUUUUUUUAGCUUUGAUUGUGUUGAUAGAUACAAAUGCUUGUUGUGUACUCAUUUAAAUAGCUUGUAUACCUAUAGUCACUGAUACAAUAAGUACGUGCUUGCGCGCGCCUGUGUGCUUCUGCAAUAGACUCAACUGAUAUGUUUGACUUGUCUUGAUAUGUCUGCCUGUCACAAUAUCUUCGUGUUUUAAAAUCAGCUUCCAUUUUAACUACAUUAAUUUUUUUGUUUUAUUAUUUAUUUGUUUGUUCUUGUAAUAUUUAACAAUAUUUAAGUCUCUCUGUAAGUAUGCUAACCACCCUUAUCUUCAAAGCUGACGCAAAUGACCGUUUAAGUUCUUGUUCCGGUCAGCCUAAGGCAAUAGUUGUGUUUGUUGCUGAGUGAAUGGGCAAUUGUCCUGAAUGAAUAUUUUAAAUACUUUUUUGACACAUUCUAUUGUGCACAGUGUAAUGUAAUUUUGUUACAUUUCAUGAAUGGACUGGAGCUGCCAAGAAAUGUAAUAUUAAACACAAUGUUGCUGUCGUCUUCAAAACUAAAAACCAAACUCCUUUACGAACUGGAGAAAAGUUUGAUUCUUAAAGUAAUGCCUGUAAAUGUCGUUGCAGGUGGCAUGACCUCCAUUUUGAUCACUGUUAUAAAGACAACAAUAUACAUGAAAAUCGAGUGAGGAGUAAUUAGGAACCCAGUUGACAGAAAAUUCUUCUCGAAUUCACUAUUCUAUUUAAUGUAUCAACACGUGUCAUUCGUGCUGACCUCACAUCUCUCGUUCACAUCUUUAUGCUUGAUUACUACAUACUAAAAACAUUGGGAUAAAUGAAAAACAUGUUCAGUUGUACUAUGUUUAUGUUUAUGCACAGACAUUUUGUCUUAUAGCAAAUAUAUUUUGCCUGAAUUUAUUGUAUACAUUGAGUUUACAUGCAGACAUUAAGUAAGGAAACAUUUUUCUUUUUUUUUUUUUGUAUAAAUUUUAUUUUUAUCGUUUUUUCCCGUAUCUGUUUCUAAUGGCUCCGCAGGAGCCACCAAUAUCUAUCAGGGGACUUUUAUAUAAGUUUUGAAAUGUUGAAAAAGGCAUAAUUUUUUAUUUGUCUGUCUUUAUUUAUUUUGCAAUGCACAAAUGCACAAAACAUGAAAUACACAAAAUAAUAUUUAAUAUCAUACAUGUACACAAACAAAAUGUAAUAUAUACAUUAGGUUAAACAACUGUUUAAAAUGUUUUUGACUAACAGUACAUACAUACAUGUCGGGUAUUAAGUGUCCGGGGAUUAAGUGACUGGACACCUCUGCUUUGUACCGUAAAUAAGCGACUGCACAGAGAGACAAAGGCUUUACUGAUCUGCAGCUUAUACAAACGAUUUUAGGUUUUAACAUAAUUAUGACAGUUCUCCUAAAGAUGCCCUCAAUUAGUUUAAAAAUCCAUUUUUACUCUUAUACACAAAUUUACUGCUCUGAUCACAAAGUUGUUUGCAAUCUUUCAUCCACACAUGUUUAAAUGCUCAUUGUAAGCUUCACUAAAAAUAAUUUUCACUUUCACAGUGUUCCAAAACUUUCUCAUUUUCACAUUUCCACCACACUUCAAAUACAUGGAUCUGGACUAAAUAUCCCGACUAUUAUAACGAUAUGUUACUACCUAAACAGAUUGCAGUUAAGUAUACUAAAAGGGUAAAAUUCCUGUAUAAUUCUCUGAAAUACCCUGGAUCUCUACAUCGCCAAUAAGGAAAGAAAUCACAACAUUCAUAAUAUUAUGUCAAAGAAAAAGUAUGCGAAGAUUAGCCACAAACAGUACAUCUGGGAACAACGACGAAGUUGAGGACGGAUAUAGUUAAACCAGAAGAAAUAUUUUGUACAACAAAAUUAUAUUUAAAAUAUAUAGAGACUGGCGAAAAUACUUCAUUGAGAGGUAUAUGUCGUUCCUAUUCAUUUGGAAUGUUAAGCUGACAAAGUAAUGGCUGACUAUGGCAACGCCGCGAAUAAUUCCUGAAUUAGAAUGUUCUAUGUGAUUCCUGUGAGAAGAUCAGUAGAGAGCGAGGCAAAGGCUGCCGAAACCACAUGGGCCCAACUGAGGGGCGCUGCCCAAAACCGGGUCCGCUGGUGUUGGUGUUGUUGCUGGCGAGGUGUUGUUGCGGCCCUAUGCUCCUCGAGGAGUAGCAAGGAAUGAUGAUGAUGAUGUGAUUCCUGUAGGCAAACACAAAAAGUUAGCAUGAAAAGUUGUAUCUGUCAAUGAUGAACACACAAAUAUAUAUGCAUGUCAACUAUAAUUACAACCAAAUGAGAAACAAGAGAGAAGCAUGAACACUUCCACGUUAGGUACACAGCAUCGUUGUCACUCCUUAUCAUUAAUAUUAUUUUCUUUAUAAUUAAAUAUUUAUUUUAAAAAGUAGUAAAAGUUUGCUUUCAAAUUUUAAACUAAAUGAUGAAAAAAAGCACCAAAAAAUCAUUUAUUUAAAAAUGUAAUCACAAACUUAAGCUAGAGCACAUGCUUUCUUGUCCUAUCUGGAAGUCUGUCAUUGCUUCUGGGGCAUUAAUCCAAAAUCUUUCAUCUUGUACACCACACAUAUAGAGUUUUAUUCAUAAAAUUUUCUAAUAGUAUAUUUUUAUGCUUUUUUUUUCUUUUUUUUUUUUUUGGGGGGGGGGGGGGGGCAUAUCUAUCACGUUUUCUGGUUUAGAUAUACGUAAACUGUAUGUUCCUCUCUUAUAUUAGUCGUGAGUGAGGUGUAUACGUUUUGCAAUGUAAAACCUCACUUCUGUUACAGUGUGCCUUUCGAAAUGAUAUCCUUAGUUUUUAUUUUUUGGAUUUUUUACCGGCAGACGUGUGGCUUGCAUUUAACCUUAUUUUACAAUAAAAGUCAAUUAGGAUGACACUACACAAUAUUCGAGUAUUUUGGUUUAUGGUCAAGUGGGUGUAAUGAAGCCACUUCACAGAAACUAGCAUUUACAUCAAUCUGAGGAAAGAGCAGCAGCGUCUCAUCUGCAGGACUAACAUUUUCCAGAGAAAAUCAAGAUGUUGCAGCGCCGUUUGGAAAUUAUGUGUAAUAUAGCAUAUGUAGUUUACACAAAUAAGUGAUUAUUUACUUUUAUCAAAACAAUAUUACAGAGAGGAGAUGACACUAGACCUAUUCACCAUGCUUAAUGCUAGCUGUGCUUGGAUGCAUGUUACCGACUAGAGUUAAAAUAUCGAUUAAAAUAUUGAUGAUCCUCGUUGAUAUUUCGUUUUGUAUUUUUCUGGCCUAGAUUUGCAAGAUGAAACUUUACCACAGAUAUCCUCGAACUUUGACAUACUUCUCCCUCAUUCUCUCAGCAACUGUGGGUGCCUAUCCACUCGCUGAAAUGCGGAUGUAUUUCCCGUUGUCCUGUACUCUAUUUAAGCCAAUUUACAUGCAUAAGCUUUCAGUUAUUAAAUGCAGUCACAUGUAUAGAACCAUAUUCUAUGUUAAACGACUAGCGAAAUAUUAGUAACAAGGAAAUGAUUCUAGUUUUGUUGCAACAGUCCAUAAAGAAAUAGUGUGUCUUUCUGCAAAGAUCUUGAUUCAAAUACUUCGUGAAAGUAGGUGAUAGACAAGUGGGUAAUAUUGACUGGCUGUUCUGAGACUUCACAGUUCCAAGCACAAGAAUGCAUCACGCCAAGAAGUCUCAGUCCUGCACCCUGUGGAGAGUUGGUGUCUUCCUUCUUUCUCUUCCAUCAAUAAUCAGAGGUGUACUUAUCUCUCCCUGUGGUACAGACGGCGUGAGAGAAGUGCUGGCUGACCAAGACACUGUCUUCACCUGCACGGCUCAGGGAGAAGUGGACUGGAGAGUGCUACGUUAUGGCGCCACUAGUUCUACUUCAUUUGCAAUUUGCAACGAUACUUGCCACCAAUUCUAUAAUUAUAGUAAUCUGUUUAUGGCAAAAAUAGUUAAUCCUUUUCAAACAAGUUCUAUGACCAUUACAGCUGCGAAUCGUUCAAGGAUUGAUAUGUUGAUCAACAGCACUCUUGAGUGUGUUAGUUCAGUUCACUCAGAUCCAUAUCGCUGUGAACUCAACUAUGUUUAUCCAGCAGAGGGCGUGUCAUGCUCCCUUUUCAAUACUUCAUGGUCUGUAACUGUGUCCUGUGACAUCAACUUUGUCUACUCCUCACGUAGACGUUACACGUGUCAGCUUUACCGUCUAAAGAAGGGAUCACAAAACGAAACUUUAAAAUCAGUCACCAUGGUGACAUCCCCCACCAGACAGGUGAUCACCAAAGGUGAAGUGAAAGUGUCGGGUGUCUGUAUGUUCAAUACAACACUUCCAUCAGAGGAAGGACGAUAUGGCUUUUUUGUCAUCGUUUCACCGGGUGGACAAAGCUACGAAGCCAAAUCUUCUAACGGUUCCAAGUGGAUUAAAAGUGAACAGCCUCACUCGCCAACAAUUUUCUGUGGUCCUCAACCCUACGUGUUAGAAAACACUAACGUCACAUGUACCUGUACAACCACUAGUCUCGGACAACCCAAAGGGUUGCUAAGAUGGGUUACAAGUAACCAGAUUAAACCCACGACAUCAGCCUGGCUAGAGGACAAGAAUAUUAGACCACAAGUACUGCACCACAACUGUGUCUUGACCCUAUCAGACCAUGGAAAAACCUGGUUCAGAUGUGACAUUAUAAGAGGGGAGAAGGAGACCCAUGGAGAAAACUACACGGCUAGUGUGGGAUAUGCUGCCAAACCGAUACAGUUUUUACUUAACAGCUUUCAUCAAAAUCAAACAGUGAGUAAUGGAGAUCAAGUGAACUUUUCGUGUGAAUCCGACGGCCGACCCGCACCAAAUGUCACCAUCUAUAGCAAUGACAACAACUCUGUUAUCGUUAAAGGCUUGUCUAUUAUCAACUACACGUUCACCGCUCGGUGUGAGGACACAGCCACCUACACGUGCUCCGCGUGGAACGAGUUUUCACGUCAGUCAGGCGUGACCACCUCGGUCAGUCUCGACCUCAACGUCUGGUGUAAGCCACAAGGUCUUUCGUCUACUCAUCUUGGGGAGUACAUUGUAAACCAACGAACAGAAAUGACCUUUCUCAUCAUUAUAAACCCCGUACCACAUAUGUAUCGUGUGUGGUCGGCAAGGUCUUCAGAUAUUUUUAAUAAAAGUAUCGAUGAAGAAAUUGAAGGAUUCAUAAACAUCAGCUGUAAGGCGGACAAAGUGCAUCGUUACCUAUCCACCUGCACUCUGACAGUCUUCAAUGAGACUUCCCUGUCACCUGGCUCGUACAAAGUGCAGAUCAUCAAUAAGGCUGGUGAUGAGAACUUCACUGUCAUCCUGACCUUUUCUGUCACGAGAAAUAUGGAGUCAAUCAACCUGGCUGUCCCUGUUGGUGCAGUGUGUGCCAUCCUUUUCAUCUCUGCGAUUGUUGUACUCGUUGUAAGUUGGAAUCGGAGGAAAAAUAAAGGGCCUUCCGUACGAUCUAAUCGUAUUCCACCGCCGUUAAGAUUACACGUUGAGGAAGCAGAGGUAAAUGUCGGCAUUUCACAGCCUGAACCCUGUCAGACACCGCUGUAUGCCGUAGUGGACAAGACGAAAAAGAAAGCAAACAGUCGGCCUGAGCAUAUUAAUGAAACUGGAAAACAAACGGAAAAAUCCGAGAAACGAGAAGUUUCCGAUCCUGGAUUCCCACCGGCUUGUGAAGUAGUAUAUGCCGUUGUUGACAAAACAAGAAGCAGAUAUCCAGCCAAGGUUAAUAACUCACAAAAGUUGGCAAAAAGAAGACAUUCACAAGCAAAGAAUGGUUCACGGAAUGAGGAUCAGUUUUCAGAAGAGUCCAGGUAUAACGACAGUGAUUUGGUCCAGUACCAGAAUACAAUAUAUGCACCUCCAGCACAAGAUCAGGAUGGUGGCAAGUGGGACGUUCGCACGUCUGCGCCACGUUGUCAUACGGUCGAGGACGGCAAAUGGCUCAACUCGGCAGGUCUUCUUUACACCUUCCCUCACUUUGACCUCAGCAGUGACCUACGGUGUCACCCACCCCCCACGCAAGAUGAGACAGAAUACUGCACACUUCACCUGAUAUAAAAGUUUGCUGCCUUUGAGGAAGAAUCAGACGAUUGAAAUGUAGUUUUGUCUACAUGCAAAAGUAAACCGUAUGAAGGAACACCAACCUGUCCAUUUUUAGUGCGAUAGAUUGUACUUAAAACUGCUCGAAACUCCUUUGUAUGGAUGUGGGUGGCGUGAAUUGUCUGGAUGUUUCAGAUAGGAUGUGACUGGCUGUGCUGAGUGGAAGUACCAAGCUUACACGACGCAAAUGACUGAUUUGUUCUUAAUCUUUGACCGUCCCGCUGAGAAUUAGGUCUUCACCAAACUGGAAAUUCACAGCCGUUUGUGUUCCUUGUUUCCCUCUUAUGUGCAUGACAGCGAGUGACAAUGACUGUUCUUGAUGGGCAAGACAUGUGGUUAGAUGUAAAAUUAAUGGAGAAGAGAACAUUGUUCUUGGUCAUAACAUUUUUUCUGGGGAACUGUCGAACAAAAGGUGUUACUGCCAUUUCCCAUUCCUUAAUGAUGGACAUGAUCGCUAGGUAGGCUAGGAAACAAGUGUUAAGUAAAUGUUUGAUGCAAUCUAUUUACAAAUAAAUGUAUUGCCUCCUAAUUAUAAGAUGUUAUCGCAUCAAUAGGUGUACUAAACAUGUAAAUAAUUCUUUUUUUACUCCCUUCAUUUCAUCCUUACUUUUACUUCAUUAUUUACGAUCUUUUUUCUUGAUAGACGGAAGAGAGGCCAUCGCUGACAACAUACUUCUAGAUGGGGAGAGUGGCAAAUUCAUAAACGUUUUAUACGUUACGUAAUUUUUACACAUUUGCACUUUGAAACUUCUUUUUGUGUAUAGGGGCGGCUAGGGUAAAUUGGUUGAAUGUUUAAUUGGGAUGUGACUGAGUGCAGCCAGCAACAUCUCAUAUGUUUUAGAACUUGUUUCUAUUUUCUUGCACUUUCGGCCAUAGCAACUGCAAUGGUGACAUUAAGAAGAGGGUGCUAGCUGUCUACUCAAAUGACUCUAUUUCUCAUAUAACUUCUUACUGCUUUGCCUUGGAGCAGAAAAAUCUCUCUUCUUCCUUAGCCACACAGCAUGUCCUCCCUUUCACAUAUGAUUUAUUUGAUGUUGCGUUCUAAGAAUAAAGUGCUGGAAAAUAUUUAAUUUUUCUUUCAUCUUUACUACUUAACGUUUGAAUCCUUUCUUUACUACCUGAAACUGAAACUUCGGACGGUGCGUGCAGUUAGCUGAACUUAGACUGUUACCUACCCUACAAACUCAAUGCCCAGCGCACUUCAAAAGGGUUACACCCAGGCAAUUUAUUUUAUGUCGCAUGACCUAUGGGGUCAUCUAUAGAUGAGUCUGAACAUCAUGCCUGAGAAACAGUUAUUAUGUUAAAACAAUGACAUUGAAUUUCCGCUGUUGCGCCUUUCAGGACUGGAUUUUGAAUUUUUGUGUUGAGCUGUGUGUAGUGAAAGUGUGAAAGUAUUGGAUGAAUGCAUGUGUAUUGGGUGUGUCUAUGCAUGCAGUCAGUGGAACUGAUAAGUAUGAGUAGUGUAUGGCUUAUGCAAAAGUGUGUGUGUGUGUGAUCUCGCAACUUUUAGCUUUUAUUGUCUUGUCUUUGCUUUUGGAACCUAGGAAUAUGUGGAAUGUGAAGCUGUGGUAAUAUGUGACACAAUGUUUAGGUUUAGGAGGCAUUUACAUAGGGAGACCGCAUCGACACGUGACUCAGUUAUGAAGCAAUGUGAAACGGUGCCCCUGGGUUCAAAGUUCAAAGUGUGAACAACAGAGGCAAGUGUCACAAGGCAACAACAUCAUCAAUACGCCCCUUGGAGGUGAAUGUACUCGACUGUGGAACAGGACUCGGGGUUCAUGUUGAAACACUUUCAGGGGAAAGCGAGGGUCGGCCUCUGACUUUCACAUCCUCUCGACAUGGUGAACCGCUUACAUUCACUGCCCCUAGCCACGGAUUAUAAGACUCUUUACCAAAAGGAUACUUAAUUAAAAUUAAUAUCCCCAAACGUGGUGCUUGAUGCUGAAGAAGAUACUUUGAUCCACUUUGUCAAGCGGAAUACUUACAGAUGCUGAUACCACACAUCAAGGAGCAUCUUCCUUCUGCACGCGGAACACUGAGAUGGCGAGCGGCCACGUGCGAUGCUGAUAAACUGAAGGUGUAAACCAGACAUGGGUUAAAUUUCCGCUUCAUAACGACUUUCUCCAAAGACAGCUAAUGGUCUUUGCACAUGCUGUCUGGCAUUAAUCUGUUAUGAACCGGGAUCUAUGAAUUUAAUGUACUUACUAGGUCAAACCUAUUA